AGUACUCUGUUAGUAUUUGAUCGUACGUUGACACGUAAGCAUCUAAGAUGGAUAGGAAAGGAAAAAAACGUGGUACGAAAAGUCCUGGAGAUCCAGGCAUUAAGCGAAAAUUUCACGGUAAUAGAUACACUGCUGAAAAAGAUGUAACAUUUGUGAGCAAGUCUGCUGAAAAAUUAAAAAAUGAAGAAGAUAUUGAAGUAGCCAUUGAUGAGAGCUCAACGUACGCUCUUUUAAGUUUUACUUUAGUAUUCAGUGCUUUAGAAAGUGUUCUGAUUUGUAAAGCUUGCAAGAGUGAUAUAAAAUUUCUUAAAAAAUCUCAAGUUGGAUUGGGAUUUAACUUGUGUAUAAAGUGUAACUGCGAUGAAUUUGCUACCAUUAAUUCUUGCCCAAAAGUGAGGAAUGCGUUUGAGGUCAACAGACGUCUUACUUUUGUUAUGCGACUACUCGGUGUUGGUUUAUCGGGUAUAAACAUUUUUUGUGCCAUGAUGGAUUUGGGACCAGGGUUAAGUAAGAGCGGAUACUACAGUAUCCUUGAUACUAUACAUAUUGCUGUUAAAAGUGUUGCUAAAGUUGUAUUUCGUAAAGCAGCACAAGAAGAAAAAAAAAAAAAUGAACAAGAAGGAAAUAUUGCAGAUGAAAUAACAGUUUCGGGUGAUGGUUCAUGGGCAAAACGUGGCUUUACGUCACUACUAGGUAUCGUUUCUUUAAUCGGAAAGUAUUCUAAUAAAGUAAUAGACGUUUUUGUUAAAUCUAAAGUUUGCAAAGCUUGUGAAAAGUGGGUGGGUAAAGAAAAUACAGAUGAAUAUUUAGAAUGGUACGAGGAUCACCAGACUGAGUGUACGGCGAAUCACGAAGGAAGUUCUGGUAAGAUGGAGGUUGACGGAGUUAUUGAAAUGUUUCGACGAUCCGUUGAAGAGCUCGGUGUAAAAUAUAAAAAAUAUAUUGGUGAUGGGGACUCCAAUACUUAUAAAAAUUUACUAGAAGCAAAUAUUUACAAUAAUGAUCCUAAAGUUGAAAAAAAUGAGUGCGUUUUACAUGUGAUAAAGCGUAUGUACAGACGAGUCAAAGAAGCUGAAAAAACUUUAACGCAGCUCCAAAAAGCUAAAAAAAAAAUAGAAGCUGCUGAAGAAAAAUCUAAAAAAACGAAGAAAAAUUAUAAAGAAGAAAAAGAAGUUACAGCGAAGAAAGGAGUAACUCCGAAGAAGGGGACGACACCAAAAAAAACAAGAACACCAAAGAAGGAUACCAUUGAUACCGAGAGCACCAAAGCUACCAAAAGUCUGACACUAACUAAUAAAUUAAUGAUCAAACUUAGUACUUAUUAUGGCUUAGCUAUUAUGAUCAAUGAAGACUCUGUUGAAAAUAUGAGAAAAGCUAUAUGGGCAACUUAUUAUCAUUUGAUAUCAACUGAUGAAGAGCCCCAGCAUUCUUAUUGCCCAGAGGGUCCCGAUUCCUGGUGCAAGUAUCAAAAAUUGAAAUCUGAAGGUCAUGAAGAUACGUUUGUUCAUCCACCUGCUUUCGAUAAAGACACUGCAAAUCUUUUGGAACCAAUUUACAAAGAUCUGUCAUCAGAUGAUCUUUUGGAAAGAUGUUUAGGAAGAAACACACAGAAUAAUAACGAGGCUUUUAAUCAUUGUGUUUGGAGUUUUGUACCAAAACAUGUUUUUGUAGGCCAAAAAACGUUAGAAAUUGCUGCAUUCACUGCAGCAUGUAUAUUUAACGAAGGAUUUUUCCCAGUACUAAAAAUAUUGGAAGUCAUGGACGUUACGCUCGGCCCGUGCGCUGUCGCGUUUGCAAAAUCCUACAAUAAAUCUCGGAUUGCAAAUGCGGAAAAUGCCACAGCAAAGUCAUCGAAAGAAGCCCGAAAGAGUCGAAGAGCGGAUAAAGUUGCGGAGAAUGAUGCCUAUGAAGAGGAUGAAGGCAUAUUAUACGCUCCAGGCAUAGACGAUUGACAUAACAUCAAGAGCCAAAAUCACCCGGGCCACCCACGUGCAUUUUUUUUGAGGUUUCAACUUCGAGUGACAAUAAUAAUAGUAAUAAACUAUUAAAUUUUUUCAAAUAAAUUUUUUUUUAUAUUUUCAAUAUGUAAAUAAAAACACUCUAAAUAUUCAAGAUAAUUCAUUUUUAUUUUCCUAUAAAAAACCCUCCAAAGAAGUCAUGAAAAUAGGCAUAAGUUACCAGACUACUACCUUAAUUUUGAAUCGAGAUGAUCUGUGACUCUCGUCAAGAACUAGAAGUACUCUACUCAAUGGUAAGAAAUAUCUUGGUUUAAGUAUUUUGUUGUGUUGCGGUAAGUAAGCGU